AUGACUUCUCCUCCGGCACAGGCGACGCCAACAGGCGUCACCCCUAUUCAACGCACAUACAAAGGCUGCUCGUCGAUACGAGAUUACCAGGUCAUGGAUAAAUUGGGCGAAGGUACAUUCGGCGAAGUGCACAAGGCAAGAUCGCGAAAGACAUCACAGCUCGUAGCGCUCAAGAAAAUCCUCAUGCACAACGAGAAGGACGGGUUCCCGAUCACAGCAUUGAGGGAGAUCAAAUUGUUGAAGAUGCUGUCACAUAUCAACGUCCUGAAACUCGAGGAGAUGGCCGUGGAGAGGCCAAAAGGAGAAGGUCGCAAGAAAGCAGUACUUUACAUGGUUACACCGUAUAUGGAGCAUGAUCUCAGUGGACUGCUGGACAACCCUGACGUCAGAUUCACGGAGCCGCAGAUCAAAUGUUACAUGCUGCAAUUGCUGGAGGGUCUGAGAUAUCUACACGACAACAAGAUUCUGCAUCGAGAUAUGAAGGCAGCGAAUCUGCUUAUCAGCAACAAGGGCAUCCUCCAGAUUGCGGACUUUGGACUUGCAAGACAUUAUGACGAGGAGGUACCCAGAGCAGGAAGAGGUGCUGGCGAGGCCAACAGAGAGUAUACCGCGCUGGUCGUGACGAGAUGGUACAGGCCGCCAGAAUUAUUGCUAUCAUUGCGGAAGUACACGACGGCGAUUGACAUGUGGGGCGCUGGGUGUGUGUUUGGGGAGAUGUUCAAACGGAAACCCAUCAUGGCGGGGAACAGCGAUUUGAACCAGAUUCAUCUCAUCUUUGAUCUAGUCGGAUCACCGACUGACGCUAAUAUGCCUGGGUGGAAUCAGCUGCCUGGCUGCGAAGGGAUAAAGCAAUUCCCGCUUCGCAAAGGUACUCUGUCUCAAACGUUUAGGGAGCAAGGCUCCUCCGCAAUAUCUCUACUGCAAGAGCUUCUCAAGCUGGACUGGCGUAAACGUAUAAAUGCUCUGGAUGCGUUACAACAUCCCUAUUUCAAGUCUGACCCUCUACCAGCCAAGCCAGAGGACCUCCCUACCUUUCAGGAUUCACAUGAACUCGACCGGCGAAGCACCCGU